AUGCACUUCUCAAGGUGCUCGACGUUAGGUGGGCCUUCACAUAUGGAUCCCGUCUGGACGACCCAACCACCGCCGAGAGUUUUUGCCCGCUUGCCGCGGUACCCCACAGUGACCUCUGGGCCCCUCCAAGUGCUAACAAGUGGGAUUCGCCAUCCGCAUUUCCAGGUUCUUUGGCUCUCGAUUUCGAACCGAGCUACCUAG